GAAACACUUGCAUAUUACCACCACGACAGCCCAUCAACCUGCUCUCACCGUUCAACCCCAACAGCACCGAAUAUCACAUCGCACAAGCCGCUCCGUACAGGUUCUGCCAUGGAUGGCGGCCUGCCCCGUUGAUAGGCGCACAGAACUCCGCACAUGGAAAACAGGCCCAAUCGCAUACCCCUCUAGCCGCGCUGGUGCAAGGUUGACACGCAGAGAAAUCUGAGUUCCGUUCCGGCUUGGUGUAGUGACAUCGGUCUCUCCACUUCGAAUCGUUAAACAUGUUGAGCUCCUCCGAGGGCCGCCGCCGCAAGAAGGACCCCGAUCGAGAACGUAGCAGCCCGAGAAGCAAGGACAAGGAUCGUGAGAAGGAUCGCGAGAAGGACCCCGAACGACACAAGCGCAGCAAGUCAUCCAAAACCUCGCGCAAGAGCAGCUUGUCUGCCUCGAAGGAAGGCGAUCGGGAUCGCGACCGACUCAACGAACUCUCGUCGAAAGAGCGCAUCAAGACACCAUCAUCACACGCCUCGAGGUCGUCCAACCGGAUGGCAGUUGUGCCGGAGAUGGAACGUCGCGCCUCUUUGGGCUCCCCGACCGCCUCCAGGACGAGUCUGCCAUAUCCCACCUUCUCGAAGACGUACAGCAAAGAGAAUAUAUACUCACGGGAGGAAGGCGCUGAGCGAAGGAAGUCGCUGUUCACACCAGAACCCACAGAUCUUGGCGAUGAGUCGCUGGAUAAAGAGAAGGAGAGUGGAUCACAUGACAAUGUCCCGUCGCCGUCGAGGGCACCACCUAGCCCUCCUCUCACGGCAACCACUGCUGCAGAUUUAAGGAAGACGGCAAGCGCGAACAGCAUGCGGCGGAAGAACUCGGAAGCUUUGGAGAAGGAGAUGGAGGGAGGCCGGCGCAGUGUUGAUAGCGGGACAAAGAUCACUUCAGAACCACGAUUCACUGCAUCACGGUCAAGUGUCCGCGAAGACGACACCCGAGUAGAGGGGACCGACCUAACGUCGACAACUACAAGCUCGCGGCCGAGCACCGUUCGCCAGAGUGAUAAGUCCCCCCAUCUGGCUCCACCCCAAACCCGACUGGGAAGUCCAUCUAAUGCACGUCCACCAGGAAGAGCAACCUCGGCCUCCAGAACCACUACUCGUGAAGCCUCAGAGGUUACGCAGUCGACCGAUUCGGAUGCGACCUCGAUAGCCCCGGACCGCCAGAACCUUCGGAGACAGCCUGCGGCCUCACCCACAAACUCAGAGACUUCCCCAGCUUCUGUUGUUGAUUCCUCUCCUCGCACUCCUACCCAACACUCAGUCCUCCCCUCAGUCCUGUCCACACAGAAGGACAGACCACCGACAGUCGAGAUAUUGACUGAUCCUGUCUCACGGACUCAGUCAAUCGACCCUAGCUACUCCGACUCGCCUUUGACACCUCCUCCACCCCCACCACCGCCAGCUCUCGGAGACCCGCCUCGCGUGGAUUACUUAUUGCAGAACGGAGGCUUGCCACGACCUGUCCCACGUAGUCUAUUCGCCGUAAUCGACAACCGACCGAUCAUGUCUUACUCUACUUACCAGUCGCCGCAAGUGGCAGGAGCGCAGUUUCAAGAUGUGAACCAGUUCUUUGCUCCGUUCCGUAAGUUGCUCGAUGACUACGCAACUGUCCUGAACAACAACGGAUCUCUUGCAGUCGCUACUGGCUACAAGUCCAUUGCACGUCGUCUUUUGGAUCGCCUCGAGAACGUCUUUGCUCGGAACAUCGCCUCGGAGCAUUGUACCUGCAUCAUGUGCGUACACGAAGCCGAGUUCUCUGAUGAAGCAGGAAUCAAUUGGGGUGAGAUUCUCGAACUCGUUUCUGGCCGCUGUGACUUGCCGGUAUGGCCUCCUUUCGAUAAGACUACCACCGACACUCUGGGUAUACCCGACCUCGAGGCGCCUUGCCAGCGCAUUGAUGACGACGUUCCUGAGGAGUACCGCGAGCAUUAUGCCCACCAGUCUCGCAAGACCAAAGUCACUGUCCAAUCAUGGCUUUCUAAUCAGCAAGAGGCCGCUCCAGAGGAUGCUGACGAUGAAACUCUUGAGUUUGCAAUGUGCACUCGCCUGCCCUCAGACAAGCGUCCGCUGUUCUACGCUCUUCUGUAUGGCAUGAAGACACUUCCCUCUAGAAAUUUUCAACCUCAGCAUGUUGUCGAGAGGGGCACCCCACCGAGCAUUGCCAAAGCUGCUAUUGCCUUAGAGCGCCUCUACCGCCUUGCCAACCGUCCCCGUGAUCAUGUCGUCGUCAUGUAUCUCCUGCGCAAUCCGAACAUGCACAACAUUCUCGCUACCCUCUCUGCUGUCACGAAACAAGAGUGGGAGAUUCUCAUCUCUGGCCGCUUCGACGGAUUCCUUUGGUCUGGAGCGGAAAAUAUUCCUAACCUAAGUUCACCACCACCAGUAUCCCGAAACCCCUCCGGCGCAACCCCAUCUCGGAUUGUCUCCCCGUUCAGCCAAGGCCCAUUCACCCCAUUCAGCCCAGGACCGUCUCCGGCUCCGUAUCCGGCCUCACGACCAGGAUCGACACGCCUUCUGGCUGGUCCAGCCCCAGUUCAAAUGGACGAAGAGACCGAAAUCGCUGUUCUUGCGGAGGUUGAGCGGGAGAUCUACCUUGGCAUGGAAGCAUUGGAAGAUUCAUUUGAACAUCUUCAUAACUGCGCUGAGGUUCUUCGCCGCCAGCUUCGUGAGCGUUGCUCCUCCUUAUCUAUCCAAGCGCAGGCUCGACGCGGUCCCAUGAGUGGUGGCAUCCAGGUUCGCACUGAUACACCAGCCUCAUACCGCCCUGACUUGGAUGGAGACGCCUUGGAGGAUCUGAGAUCAGAUAUUGGCCCAGAUGACUCGGCUUCCAAUGUCAGCCACAACCGUCGUCGCCGCGGCCACAGAGCCAAGGCCCGCCACACGCCGGCUCCAGUAGAGGAGGAGAGUGAGGAGGAUGUGGGGCUAGUACAGAGGGUCAGGAAAAUGAAGUUCUAAGGCUGGCUGAAAUUGCAUGGCAGGCGUGGAGGAUGAAUCUCUCUGUCGGGUUUUCUAUCUGUUUAUUAUGAAUGCAUUUGAUGGGGUGUUCAAGUCUUUUCUCUUACACAAUAAAGGCAAUGAUGCCUUCCAAGGUUCAAAUCUCAAUGAAUUCUUUAGCAUUUCUUAACGGCCAAUGAAUAUGGAUACCCUGUCUGAAGGAUGACUGCUACUGCUGGUUUUCCUAUGAGCUCUUUUUUUUCUCGGCCGG